ACUCUGUGCGCUUGCGCCGGCGUCUCAGGCUCCCGGGCCCGGCGGCCGCGGUUCUUUUGUCUCCGGGCCGGAGCCCGAGCUGGAUCCUGAGCUAGGGUCGGAGCCCAGGUCAAGACUGGGUUGGAGUCGGAUCGCGUCCGCAGCCCGGGCUACCCGAUGGGGCGCGCCCCCUGCCCACCGCCCCCGGCCCGUGCCGUCGCCUGAGCCCCGGCCUGCCUGGCCCGGCCCGCGCCAUGGAGUCCGGCCGCGGCGGCCUGGAGACCGUGGGCAAGUUCGAGUUCUCGCGCAAAGACCUGAUUGGGCAUGGCGCCUUCGCCGUGGUCUUCAAGGGGCGCCACCGCGAGGGACCUGCUGGGCGCUUGGCCUGGGCAAGGCCUUCAAGGCGUUCCCGGGUUCCCCGCCCCUGAGGGACACCCGCGCUUGGUUUUCAGAAACACGACCUGGAGGUCGCUGUCAAGUGCAUUAACAAGAAGAACCUGGCCAAGUCGCAGACUCUCCUGGGGAAGGAGAUCAAGAUCCUCAAGGAAUUGAAACAUGAAAACAUCGUGGCGUUGUAUGACUUCCAGGAAAUGGCCAAUUCCGUCUACCUGGUCAUGGAGUACUGUAACGGCGGCGAUCUGGCCGAUUACCUGCACACCAUGCGGACGCUGAGCGAGGACACCAUCCGGCUCUUCCUGCAGCAGAUCGCCGGUGCCGUGCGGCUACUGCACAGCAAGGGCAUCAUCCACCGGGACCUGAAGCCCCAGAACCUCCUGCUGUCCAACCCUGGUGGGCGCCGUGCCACCCCCAGCAACAUCCGGGUCAAGAUCGCCGACUUCGGCUUUGCCCGGUACCUGCAGAGCAACAUGAUGGCGGCCACGCUCUGCGGCUCCCCCAUGUACAUGGCCCCCGAGGUCAUCAUGUCCCAGCACUACGACGGGAAGGCGGACCUGUGGAGCAUCGGCACCAUCGUGUACCAGUGCCUGACAGGGAAGGCGCCCUUCCAGGCCAGCAGCCCCCAGGACCUCCGCCUCUUCUAUGAGAAGAACAAGACGCUGGUCCCCCCCAUCCCCCGGGAGACCUCGGCCCCGCUGAGACAGCUGCUCCUGUCUCUGCUUCAGCGCAACCACAGAGACCGCAUGGACUUCGAUGAGUUUUUCCAUCACCCCUUCCUUGACUCCAGUGCCGCUGUGAAGAAGUCCCCGCCCGUGCCCGUGCCCUCGUACCCAAGCUCGGGGUCCGGCAGCAGCUCCAGCAGCAGCUCCACCUCACACCUGGCCUCCCCACCGUCCCUGGGGGAGAUGCAGCAGCAGCUCCAGAAGACCCUGACCUCCCCGGCCGAGGCCGCCGGCUUCCUGCAGGGCUCCCGGGACUCGGGCGGCAGCAGCAAGGACUCGUCCUGUGACACUGAUGACUUCGUCAUGGUCCCGGCCCAGUUUCCAGGUGACCUGGUGGCCGAGGCGGUCGGUGCCAAGCCGCCACCGGACAGCCUGAUGUGCAGCGGGAGCUCGCUGGCGGCCUCUGCUGGCCUGGAGAGCCGCGGCCGGACCCCGUCUCCUUCCCCGCCCUGCAGCAGCUCCCUCAGCCCCUCAGGCCGGGCCGGGGCAUCCUCCAGCAGCAGGUGCGGGGCCUCGGCCCCCAUCCCAGUCCCCACUCAGGUGCAUAACUACCAGCGCAUUGAGCAGAGCCUUCAGUCGCCCACCCAGUACCAGGCGGCGCGGUCCUCUGCCAUCCGCAGGUCAGGCAGCACCAGCCCGCUGGGCUUUGCACGGGCCAGCCUGUCACCCCCGUCUCACACCGAGCACGGAGCUGCCCUGUCCAGGAAGUUCUCCCUGGGUGGGGGCCGGCCCUACACGCCGUCUCCCCAGGUCGGAACCAUCCCCGAGCGGCCAGGCUGGAGCGGGGCGCCCUCCCCCCAAGCAGCCGAGAUGCGGGGUGGCAGGUCCCCUCGUCCAGGCUCCUCCGCACCUGAGCACUCUCCCCACAGCGCCGGGCUGGGCUGCCGCCUGCACAGUGCCCCGAACCUGUCCGACCUGCGUGUGGUGCGUCCCAAGCUGCCCAAGCCCCCCACGGACCCGCUGGGCGUGGCGUUCGGCCACCCGCAAGCCAGCCCCCCGCAGCCCUCCCAUGGGCUGCAGUCCUGCCGGCCCCUGCGCGGCUCGCCCAAGCUGCCCGACUUCCUGCAGCGGAACCCCCUGCCCCCUAUUCUGGGCUCCCCGACCAAGGCCGUGCCCGCGUUCGACUUCACCAAGACCCCCAGCUCCCAGAACUUGCUGACUCUCCUGGCCCGGCAGGGCGUGGUGAUGACGCCGCCUCGGAACCGGACGCUGCCUGACCUCUCCGAGGCGGGGCCCUUCCAGGGGCAGCAGCUGGGCCCCGGCCUGCGGCCCACCGAGGACGCCAAGGGCUCCUUUGGCAGGUCCCUCAGCGCCGGCCGCCUCACGGAUCUGCUCCUUAAGGCUGCCUUUGGGACGCAGGCCCCUGACUCAGGCAGCGUGGACAGCCUGCAGGAAAAGCCCAUGGAGACUGGGCCGUCUGCUGGCUUCGGAGGGAACCUGCACCCGGGAGCCCGUGCGGGGGGCGCCGGCAGCCCUUCCCCCGUGGUGUUCACGGUGGGCUCGCCCCCCGGCGGGACCACGCCGCCCCAGGGCCCCCGUGCCACCGUGUUCUCAGGGGGCCCCUCCAGCCCCCUCGGCUCGGCAGGCUCCUCCUCCGCCCGUCACCUGGCGCCCGGGGCCUACGGCGAGGCCCCCCUCGAGGUACCCGCCCCCGGCCACUGCCGCAGCUUUGCCGACCCCGUUGCCGCCAACCUGGAGGGGGCUGUGACCUUCGAGGCCCCCGACCUGCCCGAGGAGACCCUCAUGGAGCAAGAGCACACGGAGAUCCUGCACAGCCUGCGCUUCACGCUCGACUUUGUCCAGCACGUCCUGGAGAUCGCGGCCCUGAAGGGCAGUGCCAGCGAGGCGGCCGGGGGGCCCGAGUACCAGCUGCAGGAGAGCGUGGUGGCCGACCGGAUCAGCCUGCUGAGCCGCGAGUGGAGCUUCGCGGAGCAGCUGGUGCUCUACCUGAAGGCGGCCGAGCUCCUCUCCUCGGGCCUGCAGACCGCCAUCGACCAGAUCCGGGCCGGCAAGCUCUGCCUGUCGUCCACCGUGAAGCAGGUGGUGCGGAAGCUGAACGAGCUGUACAAGACGAGUGUGGUGUCCUGCCAAGGCCUGAGCCUGCGGCUGCAGCGCUUCUUCCUAGACAAGCAGCGGCUCCUAGACCGCAUCCAGAGCGUCGCCGCUGAGAAGCUCAUCUUUAGCCACGCGGUGCAGACGGUGCAGUCGGCCGCCCUGGACGAGAUGUUCCACCGCCGGGAGGACUGUGUCCAGCGCUACCACAAGGCCCUGCUGCUCAUGGAGGGACUGCAGCAGAUCCUCUCGGACCAGGCAGACGUGGAGAACAUCGCCAAGUGCAAGCUGUGCAUCGAGCGGAGACUCUCGGCCCUGCUGACCGGCAUCUGUGCCUGACCUCCUGGAGGCCCGGCCCAUGGUGCCCAAGGGGCCUGGACCUUCACUGCCGAUCCAUGGGGUGGGGAGCAGCUGGCCGGACUCGAAGGGACAAGCCCACGGCCGUGACACCACUCGCUGGUGCUGGGGAAAGGACCGUGGCUCCCCACCCAGCGUCUGGAGCCAGGCCUCAGGCUGCGUCUCUGUCUCCUGGGCUCCGCGGCCGUGGACUUCAGGGCGCUGGAGGCCCCGCACAGAACCUCGACGUAGGCCAGUCCCCUGGCCUGGCUGACGGGCAGAACUCCCCGCCCAGCCGGCGAUCUGAACUGCUCUCCCGGCUGCCUCGAUGGCAGGUGGGGAUGCGUGGGCAGCCCCCGCCCCGCCCAGACCCCAGGGCUGUCUCGCUGAGGACAAGCAGAGGCCCUGAGACCGUGAUGCCCACUCAAGCCAAAGCCGCCAGGCCUGCCCAGCGGAUCCACCCAGCAAAAGGUGUGUCCUCCUGGCUCCCACCCCUCCCUGCCCCGAGACCACCACCCAGCUUUGUGAUCACCCAGCACUUUAUGCAGGCGACUGGGCCCAGCUGUUGCACCACCAGGCGCGUGUGCACACCCGUAAUCACACGUCCGUGUGCAGACAGCUCCGCGAGCGCGUGUGCUGUGCCUGCGCCCGGGUUGCUCUCGAGGCGAAGCCGCCGUCGUAUUUAAAUGUUCUUUUAGGGACGGACAGUACGAAGCACCGAGCUUCCAAAACCCAGCACGGACGCUGUUGCUGUCUUUCACACUUAACUCCUAAGAUGUGUCUUAUCUCCUGCAGCUCUUUUUCAUUUUUCUUUUUUUUUAAAAGAAGAAAACUCGUAUGAGUUGACGUUUUGUUCCUAAAGGACGGGGGCAGGAUCGGGGCAGCCUCGGCAGCGAUGCUGAGACCCCGGGGGCCGGUGGCGCUGGGCGCGUGUGGUCUGCGCGUGGCCGUCCGCCCUCCCGCCUGUAGGGCGGCCCUACCCCUGCCCUUGCUCCCUGCCUGAAGACCGCGGGCAGCUGAGGACUGCUUUUGUGCGUAAACCUACCUGUCCAGCUCUCACAGGAGGUUUUGAUGUCAAGCUCUCUGUCCCCUCACCAGGUCCUGGCUGCCAUGGGGGGCCGGCGGGGAGGCCACCUUCCAGGCUCGGGGGGUCCCUUUUCUGGUCUGCCCGGCUCUGCCUAGCUCCUCUCGAACGUGUCCUCAAGGAUGCAGAAGGAGCCGCCCCAGCCCAGCACCCCCGGUGCUGAGGUUUCACCACAGGCCCAGGCAAGGACCCCACGCGUUUCUCUCUUGCGAUACUUGAAAUCUUGCCUCUGUGCUUGGACCCAGAAGAAGAGCAGCCCUGGGACUCGUUUCUGUCUCCUCACCGGUGGCUUGAGCUUCUCCUCCUGCGCAGAAAAUGUCCGUAUUUAUUGCUUUACGGUUGGCUGGAACCGGGGCCUCUGGGGGGCCGGCGCUGUGGGAGGGGCCCCUUGGGCUCUGUCCGCGGGUGACCUCCGGGCUGUGGGGUGAGCGCCGCCCACCCAGCCUGUCCUCCACAGCACAGCUCUCCACCCUUGGUCUACCUUACAAGACGUUUGUGUCACCCGCCCCCACCCCCACCCCUUGCGUUAAGUUGUGUAACAUCAAUUUAAGGAAAUAAACCUCUGGAGUUGUUGG